CUCAACUUCACUUCUACCAGCAUCUACUUUUAAUUUAUCCCAAUGGCAGACGAGUUCGCAAAUAACUUCAACGAGGAUGCGCUCUUCUUAGAACGCCUUGACGUCUUUCUCGAGAAAAGCUUGGACGAUUUGCAAGAAUUCGCUCGAAGAGAGGGACGAGACUUUGAACACAUCCGUUUAAAAGCUGCAGAAUGGCAUAGCAGAUAUCUAUUUGAUCAAGCAAGAAAAGAACCGCAUAAUGACGAGCCCAAUCAAAUGGCUCGGUCGCUCGUCCACGACGUACUUGACAGGACCUCGAGAACACUUGAAUCGCUCCUGACAGUUGCAGGACACCACUCCUUUCUACUGGUGGUCGACCCUUUUGCAGCAGAUAACACUGACGAGGGCUUCCUCGGAGGCACUACCGUAGGACGUGAAUACUGGCGGGGUCUCAGGAACGGUGGUGCUACCGGCGCUCGAAAUUUCAAGGAAUUUUGCAGGAAAUCUUCAGGCUCUCAAUCUGGUGUACAAGCUCCGGUUCUUGCCCUGACUUCCGCCAGUUCGAAGCAAACUCCAGCUGGAACCAUGAAGAACAAUCUUUAUGUUGAGAUGCGGUCCAGACUGAGAGCUGUAAGCGGUGUUCGAAAUGCCGAGAUGAGAUGGACAAAGCCCGAGAAGCUUUCUGCGUAUGGUGUCGUCCUUGAAGGCUGGCCUAGAGAAAUUGAGUACAAGAACCCGUCAAAGAUGUCCUUUCAUGAAACGUCAACAAUAAUGAGACUGCUCCAGGAGAAUAAGAUGUAUUUCCGCUCAUUGCACGAGGGAGAUGCUACUACUCUACUUCACCCUCCCGUAACGACUCCUUCCGCAGAUGUGUCAUGGGCGCUGCACGACGACACUUAG